AUGUUGACUAUAAAACUAGUCUGUCCCCUUCCACUUCACAUUCGCCACCAAAUUAGAAAGAGAGAGAGAGGAACAAGAGCAAAAAGCCUCAUUCAACUUAACAAAUCAAUCCCUUAAGAUUCCCAAAAACCAAAGCAAACCUUUGAUUAUUUUUAUUUAAUACACAUCCAAUUUACUCAUGGGAUUUUCCGGUAAAUCUUACAACCAACUCGAAGGCGAGAUACGUGAAAGCACGGACGGUAAAAAAUGGGUUAUCGCCGGUCUCCCUCCACGUUCGCCGCUCAAGCCUAUUAACUCCUCCUCCUCUGACGUCGCAGUCACCGAAACAGAGGAUCAAGAUCAGUGUCCGACAACACCUACAGCGGUUUCCGUCAGAAUUCCAAGAGUCCCGCCGUGCCCAGCCGCACCAAAGAAGCGGAAGCCGUCAUCCAAGUGCAGCUGCGUUGCCGGCGGUAGAGAGUUCUUCUGUCCACCAGACCUCGAAACCGUUUUCAUUCAGAGAGCUAGUUAACUCUGUUUUUCACAACUCUUUUCUUCUCUUUCUAACCUUCUUUAGGGUUUGUGAUAUUCUUCUCGAUUCUGGUUAAGUUUUAGAUUCUGAACGUACUCUUAUGUUCGUGUGUGUGUUUUCAGUUCUAGACUUCUGGUAAUGUUAGGACAC